UAUAAUUCUGCUGCUAACGUAACAUACGCUGCUGUUUCAGCUCGGCGUGCGAGCAUUUCUUCAAAAUAAAUGGCGUAAACGGUUAGAUUUUAGAAUGAAAGUUGUUUGUCACCGACGGAACACGCGCAACGAUGUUUUCGACUACGCAACAGAUAAAAUUGAGGGAGGCGUUUCGCGCAGACUGCCAAGCGCUGAUAACGCGCUUCGAACUGUCUUAUAACACUCACUUUCAAAACUUUUGCGAGUUAUGGAGAGAAAUGCAGUUUGUUUUGGUUUUUGCCUAUCAUCCUUCCGAAGUGUAUCUAUUGACUUUUUGUGAAGAUGCUCUCUCUGUGACAAAGCAGUUUUUAGUGAACGCAACAAAUCUGAAGGAGCGCAUUGCAGCUUUGUACCUUAUGUACUCAGUCUACUACAAAAUGCCAACAAAACAGUUGAAGUUCAGGAUGACCCUGUCAGAUUGGAACUGUUUAAUGGAGCUGCGUAGUCAGGUCAAUAAAGAGGAUUUUCUGGAUGCUAACUACAUUAUAUGCAAACUAAUAGUCGAUCAUGCAUUUCACUUUUGUAUUGCUGAUAAUGUGUAUGGCAUGGAAAAUUAUUUCGGUAAGAGGGCGGAAAAACCCACGUUAGAUAUUAAAGUGAUGCCAGAAGUGAAGGAGCUGGCAGAACCAGAAAAACUGCUGUCAACAAUCAGCAAGCUAAGUAAGAUCUACGAAGAAAAAAAGAACAUUCUAUAUGAUACGGAUGGAGAUAGCUUACAGCUGUACAAUGCCACUAUGAUUGACGAUGUCAUUGAUAAUAUUCGCAAAGUGCAGACGGACACUGAUAUAAAAGAUGAUACAGCGCAAUCUAAUAAACCAACAUCGGCGUUGAACGAAGGUGGUCAAAAGAAUCAAAAGCGCCGAACUCGUAAGGAAAUUGUUCUAGCUAAGAUAGGCCGAGCGUUUAAUGACGGACUGGAGUCGGAAUCUGAAGAAGAUCAAGACGUCGACGUUAUACUUUCUUCCGAAAGCAGUAGUGACACAGAAUUACCUUUCAAGAAGUUUUAGAUACUUUAGAUACUUAUUGACAAAUACAGUAGUGACUCAAUCAAUUGU